CCGAAGCUGGACGCGCACCCAGCGUCGCCCCGGCCGCAAGCCAUCGGGGAACUUGAAGCCGAGGUGACUUCGCCAUUCAAAACUGCGCCCAAAGGACUGGGUUCGCGCUUCACGGGAUGGAUUAAGAACAAACUCGCGCCGGGCGGCCACGACGACGCUCCCUCGUUUACCCGCUGCACCAAAUCGUGUGUACUGCCUACUCGCCGUCGGGCUUCCUUCGCCACCGUCAACCUGGAUUUUGGCGGUGCGCUCGGCGGCAUGGGCGGUGUCGCAGUCGCGCCCUACAGCCUCGGCGGAGCCGUCCAAGCCAAUGGCCACCUAAGUUAUGGCCAGGUGCCUCUGGGCGUGCCGUCGCUGGGGGGCCACUGCAACAGCUCUGGCGGCGUGCCCUUGCUAAGCGGCGGUGCAUCCACGCCGUCUUCGGCCGCCGGCGGCCGCGGCUGGGCACCCAUGUCGCGCCGCGCCAGUUUCGUAACUUCAAUCAUAAUGCGUUCUUCAGCCAGCAACCAGGUGCAUUCGCAGCCGGGCGGGUGCGGCGACGGCGAUGGGGACGGGGAUGGUGUGCUGCUGAACACGGAUGAGAACGGGGUGGCGGUGAGAGGGCCGGGGCUGGCGGCACCGACGGCGUCAGGUCACCUCAGUGGCGUGCUGGGGUCAGGCCAUGCCGGUCCGAUCGCGCCGCUGCAUGUCGCGCCCGCCAGCGCACUGCCUUCACAGCGCUUCUCUCGGCGUCGCUCGUCCCUAGACGAAAGGCGCCCAGCCGCCACCGCCGUCGCUGCGAGCGGCAGCAGCAGGGGGCUUGUGCCCUCCGGUCCGCGGCGCGCCAGCCUGGACCUCCAGCGGUCGCCGCCCAUGGCUCUGUCCACAACGACAGGAGCCGGACCUAACGCGGCACUGCCUGCAGUAAUCAGGGCAGAGGUGGCGGCGGCGGUGCCUGAUGAGUUGGCGGAGGUGCAGCGGCACUUCCUGCCGUCAGUGAACGCUGCCCAGGGCCAACAGCCGCCACAGCAGCAGCGGCAUUCCACAGGCUACUGGCCAUGCUUUGCAAGCGAGCAGCAGGUGUGGAUAAAGCGCGACGGCAGCGGCGGCGCCGACCCCGCGCCCGCAACCUUCAGCCAGGCCGGCCCAGUUUCAGCUUCAGGGACCGGUGGCGUGGCGGGUGCGCGCGCUGGUGCGUCGGCCUCUGACGCACAUGCCUUUUACUCGGGCACGGGCUCGUCAGGGCCGAGCACUCGGUUCUCAAGCGUCACUGCCAUGAGCGGCGCCGGUGCGCCUGGUGGCGGCGGUGUUGCAGAAGAGGCUGACGUGGACGAUCCCAUGAUUGCGGCGGCUGCGGCGGCCUACUGGGGCUCGGCAGCCGCUCCUGAGUCGGCAAAGGAGGUGGCUGCUGGUGUUGCGGGCGCUUGGGUUAUGCGGGGCGGCGCAGCCCACGGCCUCACCGCCUCCAGCCCAGGAGCAGGCGACGGCGGUAUGCAACAGCAGCUGCAGCCACACUACCAGUACCAGCCGCCUCACACGAGCAGUCCGCAGCGCUACGUCACGGCAGCGGCUGCGGAGCCUACCGGUGCCGCCGCAGCGUCCGGCUCCCACAACGGCGGCGGCAGCACCUCAGGAUCCAUGCGCUUCUGUCGCUUCGCAGCCGCGCCGCCUGCGCUUGGCGUGCCGGGCACGGGGGUCGCGUCCGCUCGGCCGAACAGCACGCGCCCCGGCAAUCCUCCUCGGCGGCUGUCCUCUUAGGCUGACGCAAGGCCAGCAUCUCCAAUCGGCCUUGUAACGGGACCGUAUGAAGGCUCGGCAGGGGUCGCUGGAGUCAGGGUCAAGUCUGGGUCAAGUCCGGCGGGUGGUGCCAAACCGUACUCUACGGGUUGUAGACUGAUGGGCUGGAGUGCACGCAUAUGGCAUACCGUUUUGGGAAUUUUAUAUGAUUUAACUAAACGCGCGCUGCCGUUAUUGCAGCGUGCUCCGCAUCAUACUAUCUCGAUUUUCACAUUUUAAUAAAGGAACGUCCAUUUCGUUGGGCCUGAGUGUCUGGAUGUUGUACCGGUUGAGCUGUCUCUAUCUCCGUGAGGUUGCAAAGGGGAGAACCACACCGGCGGGUGGGGGGACCACACCAGGCGAGGUCCCUGCACCGCAAGAUGGCCAGGAUGUGCUGACAGGGAACGUUGCUACUGUAGCUAGUCCCACGACGCCAAGUCGCGGGAGGGCUAUCGGAGUAGGGCUGAGGAUGGCGCGUGUCAGAUGGCGACCAUACCCGGCACCGGCAUGUUGUACUGUGACACGCCACACAUGGGGCUGGUGCGGACGGCUUGACAAGCUUACAUACAUCACAAGCUGCGGGGGGCACGCCGAUUGCGUUGCCUAGACCUGACAUUGAAUCCGCGAGCGUGUGACUGGAGGUCACCAGCAAAAGUUUGACGGGUCUAAUGAAUAACAGCUCACACGGGGGAUACGGUACGCGUGGAUGGGCUAGUCGAAAAGUGCUUCGGAGGAUCUGGCAGCACUUUCGGCCACUAGUGCAAUCUCAACACGGGCGGGCUUGGGGGGGCACGGCGGACUUGGUGGGGUUGUCGGGAACUGCGAGGCCUGAGCUAGGAGGCCGUAUUUAGGAGGCCGCUGCGGGCCACGAGUGAGUUGCAAGGCUGCUUCAGGCAUGAGUGGAGGCUAUCGUCGCACCGAGAGAUUGGGUUGUCGUUUGGGCCGUGGCGGUUUGCAGCGCUACACGGCAGUAAGGUGUCAAUAAGUGCUUCGGAGGAGGCUGCCAUGGGGAGGUCGCUCCUGUCAGGGUCAGAUCAGAUUUGCGGAUCGCGGGUGCGGGCUGUCACGCAGCCAGGUGAAGGCUGUCACACGCAGCCACAUAAUGGCUGACAUAGUACUUGGACUGAAUGCCAAUAAUGGCGCAAUGUCAGUAACCCCUGUGAACAAGAAGUGGCUGAGCCCACGCCUGUGUGACAAAAGCAGUCUACCGGCAAUUCUUGACCCUGACGCUUCGAGCAUUUCAUUCAUCUGGGGUUUUGACAUGUCUCUAUGUAUUUUAAACGACCGUCAUGAACACCAUCAGUGGCUGACUCGGCUCGGCGUGCUGCACUCCUGCCGUACACAACAUCGCGCACGUGGCGUGCUGGUGUGCGCUGUGCGCCUGCACGGAUGCAGCGCCCGGUACAUGAUGAGGACAUAUGCGGGCAGUAGCUGGGUAUACAGGACUGCGGACGGGGGCGGGGCGCACCGGCAACACAAGGCGGAGUAUGAGUGUUAGUGUUUGGUUUGGGGCGUUGGUUGAUGCGCCGCCCGGAUCAACCGCCACCCGGAUCGGCAAGGUAUGGCGACAUGCACCUGAGUGAUGAUGAAUUAUGUAUCGACUCAGCAGGAUGCGACUAAGCGUAGAAGUUACACGGGGAGUGACCUACAAAGUGACGACGUUAAGGCUGUGGAAUGUGGCACGUGCAGCAGGGUGUGUGUGUUUAGGAAAUAAAGGGCCAGACCCCAUGCCCAGAAAUCCCCCGGGACCCCCCUUGAGGGGACGACCGACCCCCCCCCGGACACAAUCUUGUUGUUUCAGGUUGUUUAGGGGUUGAACCCCCUCCAUUUAAUACCA